AGUACCCGUUGGACGCGUAUGUGUCGCGCUUCGUCGUCGCGUAGUUUGCAUGGCGCGUGUCUUUAAUGACUGUCAACAGAAAUAAUAAUAAUUUUUGCUAUUCGACCACAGUUGCGAUGGGAUCGUGAGUGAGUAGUGUUGUUUCAGAAUGAAGGGGAUAUAUUCGAUAAUAGGUGUGUUCUUUGUGUAGUACAACGAAGGUGAAAAGAACUUGAGAAAAUCUAACAGGGACAAGGAUAAAAGGAGAAGGACUACGAAUGUCUGGACGAUCCUAACAGAAAAAGGAAUGGAUCGCAAAAACGUCUGUCAUUGGGACGUUGAAAAAAAAGCGAUCUUCAGAAUGAUUCACGAAAAAUUAUCAUCUCGGGAAGAAGCACUCUUCGUGCAGGAUUAAAAUAUCAAUUCACAGAUAAUAAUGCGUACUCCUGCUGAAGCCGAGAAGAUAGCCCAACCUGAGAUGUUCAAUCUCGAAUCUCAGGAACCAGUCGCUUCGUCCGAAGUGAACCAAGUCAUCUUAUCCACUUCUCAUCCAGAGGCACAUAUAUUUACAAAUAGCAUGCUAUGCAUUCAGGAAGAGUUAGGUCAACUAAGUGGAAUCGCAGGAGGACCAAUUAUUAACGAUACGCAAGUUCAAAUACACAAUAGCAAUCAAACGAAUUCGGACAGCAACAGUAAUUGUAGCGAAUUUGCAACAAAAUGUACCUCGGGAUCUGUUAGUUUAGACGCUCAAAGAUCGAGCUGGGUCGAAGGAAUAUUAGGAUGUAUGCGACCCGUUUGGACUAUGCUAUCGAAGGCUGCUGUCAAUGAAAAAAUUAAAGGACAUCAAACCGAUGAUUGGGAAAUACCGUUUGAAUCCAUUAGCGAACUUAAAUGGUUGGGUUCUGGAGCUCAGGGAGCAGUUUUUAGCGGUAAAUUGAACAAAGAGGUAGUAGCUGUUAAAAAAGUAAGGGAACCACGUGAGACUGAUAUACGGCAUUUACGAAAAUUAAAUCAUCCGAAUAUAGUACAAUUUAAGGGAGUGUGUACGCAAGCACCGUGCUAUUGCAUAAUUAUGGAGUUUUGCCCAUAUGGACCUUUAUACGAUUUAUUAAGAGCUGGGGAACCAGUCCCACCUACCAGAUUAGUGUCUUGGUCGAAACAAAUUGCAGCAGGAAUGGCUUAUCUUCAUUCUCAUAAAAUUAUACAUAGAGAUCUCAAAAGUCCAAAUGUUCUAAUAGGUCAAGGCGAAGUCGUGAAAAUCAGUGAUUUUGGUACUAGCAGAGAAUGGAAUGAAAUUAGUACCAGAAUGAGUUUUGCUGGAACCGUUGCAUGGAUGGCUCCAGAAAUAAUUAGAAAUGAACCUUGCUCGGAAAAAGUUGAUAUAUGGUCUUACGGUGUCGUCCUCUGGGAAUUAUUAAGCGGAGAAAUACCUUACAAAGAUGUUGAUUCAUCGGCUAUUAUUUGGGGUGUAGGAAACAACUCUCUUCAUUUGCCCAUUCCGGCGAGUUGUCCAGAAGGGUACAGAUUACUUGUGAAACAGUGUUGGGCAGCUAAACCUCGUAACAGGCCUUCCUUCAAACAUAUUGAAAUUCAUCUUGGUAUUGCAGCUGUGGAAGUGCUCUGUACAAAAUCUGAUGAAUAUUUUAAAUCACAACAAUCUUGGAAAAAAGAAAUAAGAGUUCAUAUGAAACAAAUGCAAUCAAAUAGCUCCAGUAGUCCUCGAUUCGAGGCCGAUUUAAUUAGACGAAGAGAAGAUGAAUUGAGGCAUGCUCAGGAUAUAAGAGAACAUUACGAACGUAAACUUGAACGUACUAAUAAUCUUUAUUUGGAAUUAAGUGCUGUGUUAUUGCAGUUGGAACAGCGUGAACGAGACGUAAUAAAAAGAGAACAACAAUCGGGAUACAAACAAUGUAAAAAACGUCUUGUACAUCCGCUUUUGAAAGCACAGGAAAGAUUAUAUCGUAGAAGAAAUCCCACGAUACAGUUUUCAACCUCCUCAACUCCCACUACGCCAUCAUCUCCUGUUGAUUAUCCGUUAAGCCCUGCUAAAGCAACCACUUUUACACAGUUGAACGAAGCGAAUCAACCAGAGACUGUAUUAGCAUCGAAUAAUAAUAAUUUUAAGCAAUGGAAAUAUAGACACCGAAGAGUUGGGUCUGGUUGUGGUGUGAAUUGUAGUCCAAGAUCGAGUCCUCAUCGUGAGAGAAAGAGCAACGAAAUAACGGCGAGGCUAGUCGAUAAUCAGACUCAAACAGAUUUAACGGAUAUAAGUGGAAAUGUCGUGAGUUCCAUUAAAAACUCAAUGAAUUCUUCGAUAACAGAAAAAUCUUCGAUAGAUGGUAUCGAUGCACGGUCUAUGGCUGAACACUCUAUAGAAUAUUUCAAUGGGAAUCCAAUUUUGUCUGAAACUCAUUGUAAAAUGCAGUCUAGUUCUUGUUCUAGUCCAGACCCCGAGCAUGAAAAUAAUGCGAAUGGAAAUGAACGAUUGGCAGACUGCAGUGACGACGAUAAUCUUGAGACUCUCGGUAGAAAAGUGACGGAAAUUAUAAAUGCUAAUCGCCUUAUUUCGCCUAUGGAUAAUGGAAAUUGUGACGAAGUAAUAAAAUCACACAGCAGGGGUAAAGAUGAGCCUACGAAACUGCCAGCGAACUAUUGUUCUGUCACGAGUACUUUAAAUAUAUCACAAGAACAGUCUGAGAAUAGAGUGAGGUCCUGUUCGGAAUUUGUAAAUACUCUGUGCGAUCGUGAGGAGGAUGAUGCUUGCGAGGAAAGUUGGUCCGAUGAAGAAGGAGAAGACCCAAAUUAUACUUAUAGUUAUUCUCUUAGACGUAGAAGUAUUGCAAGAAGGCCAAUUGGUCCAGGUUGUAGAUUAAGAAGAUUUAAACAAGCAACCGUUAGAAUAGAAGGAGUAUUGGCCUCUGAUGAGGAGAAUACUUCAGAAUAUUCACAUCCUCCGUCCAGUCAAUCCUCUACAUUAGAAAGUAAUCCUGACGUUCAAAGGGUCCUUCGCAAUAUUCAUCAUUCACAAAAGAGGAAAGGAAUACAUGAUGGUUCGGAUUCUUCAAGUCAGUCGGAAACGGAUGAAGUCAGUGAGAUUACUAUUGCAUCUCAACCAAACAAUGCUAACGUAAUAAGGUUGAAAAGUAAUAUAUAGUUCGUAUUAGUAUCGUUUUUACGUCUCAUUUAAGAAUGAUUUCCAAUAUAUAAUGUCACCUGCAAUAUUGGUCAUUUAAGUAAUCAUGUUUCAUCUAUUUUUAUUUUUUACAGCUUAUAUUACGUAUUCCAGAUGCUUGUCUAUUUCAGGGUAUAUAUUUCUUAGAUUGUAUCCGCCAUGCAUAAUUUCUAAGUAAAACAAAAAAAAAUCCAUAUAAUUUCAGAUAUAUCUAUAGAUCAUACAAAUAAAAUCGUAAUAAAUACAAAUAACAAAUAGAAAGUAAUAUCAGGACAGGAAUUUGAAUUUUUACUACGUUGCUUACUGAAUUUUUAUCAUAUUUGCUAAAUUUUACAACGAAAAAAUCAAUACACUUAGCACGUUCAAUUUUUUUUUUUCUACAUUCGCGACAAUUCAAAUCGUCAAAGCUAUGGGGAUGUAUUUAUUGAAUGCUGAGACAUUUCUUUUAUAUCGUAGAUAUAGAUCGUAUAUAGAAAUUUACUUAUUUAGUGCAUCAGGUUGAACGUGAUUAACAAUGUAAACAUCAUGAUUUACUUUUCAGUAACUCAUUCGUCAAUUCAUUCAUCUUGUUCCAUGAAAGAUCAUCUCAUUUCUUUAUGGUUAUUUCCUUUAUUUAUAGUUCCUUUGUGUUAUAUAACGUAAAAUUGUACCUUUGUAAACGACUUGGAAAUAAUUUUUGACGCAAGUUCAACUGAUAUAAAGAUACAAUUAUAAAAAUAGUUUCUCUUCUAGUAUACCAAAUAAACAUUGUAUAAACAUUGUCUUUGGUAAGUCAUAAUCAGUAAUGGUACAAUGCGAUAAGACUUUGGAUUAUAUAUCCUGUACAAAUAUCUGAGUGCAUUAACAAAUUGAUCAUUCCAGUAA